GCCCCGAGCCCUGCGCCUGCGUGGACAAGUACGCCCACCAGUUCGCCGACUGCGCCUACAAGGAUCUUCAGGUGGUGCCCACCGGGUUGCCCUCCAACGUGACCACCCUCAGCCUCUCGGCCAACAAGAUCACCUCGCUGCAGCGGCGUUCCUUCGUGGAGGUGACCCAGGUCACCUCCCUCUGGUUGGCGCACAACGAGAUCCGCUCCAUCGAGCCCGGUACCUUCGCCAUCCUGGUACAGCUGAAAAACCUCGACAUCAGCCACAACCAGAUCGUGGACUUCCCCUGGCAGGACCUCUACAACCUCAGCGCUCUCCAGCUGCUCAAGAUGAACAAUAACCACAUGGCUCUGGUGCCUCAGGGGGCUUUCCACACCCUGAAGGACCUCCGGUCCCUACGCAUCAACAACAACAAGUUCACCAGCCUUGCAGAGGGUAUCUUCGACUCGCUCAGUUCCCUCUCCCACCUGCAGAUCUACAACAACCCCUUUGAGUGCUCCUGCAAGCUCCAGUGGUUGAAGAAGUGGAUGGACAGCACGCUCAUCUCCAUCCCUGAGAAGGACUCCAUCACUUGUGCCCUCCCAGAGCAGCUCCGAGGAGUGCCGGUGGGGAAGAUCCCAGACGUGCAGUGUACCUCGCCUACCGUGCAGCUCACUUACUACCCCAACCUGGACACCACGGAGCUCUUUGAUGGCUUCACCCUGACGCUGCACUGCGCUGUCACGGGCACCCCACCGCCCGAAGUGAGCUGGAAGAUCCGCACCUCCAGCCAAACCCUGGAGCUCAACGGCAACCCGAAGGAGAGCGCCGGGAAGGACCUCCCCAAACAGGACCCCGAGCGCUUCUUGGUCUUCAAGAACGGCACGUUGCUGAUUCCCCAUCUAAGCAAGAGGGAAGAAGGCACCUACACCUGCCUGGCCACCAAUGAAAUGGGGAGCAACCAGACCUCGGUCAACGUGGCUGUGGCAGGCACUCAGAAAUACCCGCUGCAGCCUGGGAGGGACCCGCUGGGGGGUAAAGCGCAACCAGGUGACAAGAAACCUGGAGCCAAGGGAGCAAAGAACAGUGUGCUCAUGCCAGAUGAGAGGAACAAACCCCUCGGUCCCACCCGGCAGAGCCAACCGUCCUCGGCAGCUGGGACGGAGUCCACGGGAGAUGGGCAAGUCCCUUUCCAGCUUCCACCCUUUGAGAAGAAGUGUGGCUCCACGCAAACCAGCAAGUACAUUUCCAACCACGCCUUCAACCAGAGCGGCGACUUCAAGCAGCACACGUUCGACCUGGGGGUGAUCGCUUUAGAUGUGUCGGAGCGUGAUGCUCGGGUACAGCUCACGCCCACCUACAUGCAGCCCGAGAAGGUCCACCUCAGGAUGCUCUACCUGUGCCAGGAGAGCAGCCAGGGCCACGCCUUGGUCCAGUGGUCCAAGAUCGAGGAAGGGGUGAACUCAUACUGGUUCCAGGGCUUGAACCCUGGCACCAACUACUCCGUAUGUCUCACCUACCUGGGGGAGGACUGCCAGGUCCAAGUGGUCUUCACCACCAAAAAAGAGAUCCCCUCGCUCAUCAUCAUCGUGGUCGUGAGCAUCUUCUUGCUGGUGCUAGCCACCUUACCCCUGAUGGGGGCCACGUGGUGCCACCUCCUCUCCAAGUACCAAGGGAAGACCUACAAGCUCAUCAUGAAGGCCCAGAACCCGGACCAGAUGGAGAAGCAUAUGGCUGCUGACUUCGACCCCCGCGCCUCCUACCUGGAGUCCGAGAAGAACUACAAUCCCAGCGAGGUGGGGGAAGCGGACGUGGAGGAAGAAGAGGAGGAGGAGGAGGAUGACGAAGGAGGCAGGAGGAGGAGGAGGAGAGAAACCGAAGGGGCUCCAGAGCUGGAGCGAGAGGAGAGCGUGGCAGCCAGCUCCAUGGCGGAGUCGCAAUCCAAAGCCAACGGCGAGGAGUUUGAGGUCCGCUCCGAGUACAGCGACAAGCUGCCGCUGGGUGCCGAAGCCGUCACCAUCUCCCAAGAGAUCAACGGCAACUACCGGCAGCGCCCCCGCUGAGCCUCCC